AUGCACGGGAACCUUCAGGAGAUCAUCUCAGAGGGUGCCACUGGCACGCCUCCGGUGGAGCUGACUUAUGGGAGAGCACCGAAGGUUUUGUCAUCGAGCUUCGCAGUGGUGGCCCCCCACACCAAAGAGGGAUGGAGCACGGAACGAGUCGUGAAGUUCCUGGACUUCCUGCUGUCAGAGAGAUCUGGCAUAGAUCUGGAUCCAGCAAGGCUUUACGUCACUGGCCACUCGAUGGGUGGAGCUGGGGCCCUCUUCGCAGCAACGAGUAAACGCUUCGCAGCUGCUGUGCCAGUUGCUCCGUCUGGCGUCCCGCCAGCAGAAAGACUUCGAGGAGUGCCAAUUUGGGCCUUCCACGGCAAGAAUGAUGUCAUUGUGCCGAGCUACAUAACAGCAGAGCUUGGCCAAUCUCUGCGGCAGCAAGGUGCCAGCCAGGAACAAGCCAAGAUCACGCUCUAUGAUAAUGCACCCGCACCACCCGGCUGGCCUGACUACUUCGGUCACGCAAGCACGAUCCCAGCUUAUGCUGAAGCAGACCUGUACGAGUGGCUCUUGCAGCAGAAGCUGUCUUUGGAAUCUGCGUAA